AGUCGGAUCCAGCAAAAAUCAACGACACCACGGCGAACGGAAGAAACCCUGUAGUACCAGCCACCAACCUACACCAGCCUUAGUAGUCCUGUUCGUCACGACCACUCCAAGCAUUGCCGACAAGCUUCACCUGUAUCCUACGCAAGGCAUCUUCUCAAUUCGUUCGAGCACACAAUGGCGGCCGCGGCACCACCUCGCACUCUCGCGCCCAAUGCUUCCCUCCCAGCCAAGGUCCAGUCGAUACCACCGAAUCAGACACUAUACAUUACCAACUUGCCAUCAAACAAGAUACAGAAAGCCGAUUUGCGGACCGCACUCUAUAUGCUCUUCUCCACAUACGGUCCUGUCCUCGACGUUGUCGCGCUCAUGACGAUGAAGAUGCGCGGUCAAGCACACGUCACAUUCAGGGACGUUCAGGCGGCUACUCAGGCGAUGCGAUCACUUGAUGGUCAACAGUUCCUCGGUCGGCCAAUGAAGAUCCAAUACGCCAAGAGCAAAUCCGAUUUCGUCAGCAAACUGGACGGCACGUUCAAAAUCCCCAACAUGUCCGGCGCCGCCGACGUUGAGCAGACCGAGCUGCAGCAGAGCAUCUUCAACGCACCACCUCCCGGCGCGGCUGCGCCAGCCACCACUGGCAGCGGACUGCCUGCAAAGCCAGCUGCGGCCCCGGCUGAUCAGCAGAUGAAGGACGCCGAGACCGACGCACGAGGGCAGAAGCGAACACGCGACGACGAGGACAGUGACUCGGACGUGGCUAUGGAAGAGGACAGCGACGACGAAUGAUCGCCCGAACCUUUGUGCACAGCAAUCGGCGCGCCCUUACGCGCAGGCUUUCAAACAAUGUCAACACCGUUUCGUGGGAUCAUUUCCAUGGGCACGGCUAAACCAACACAAGCGCCUGUCAGCCCGAUCCAAAUCGUGAGAUACUCCUC